AGAAGGUGUGACGUGAAGGCAAUUAGCGCUCAGAUUCUGAAAGAGGUCUGGUGAGGGACAGGCUGCGCCCGCUUAUCACACGCGCGCUCCUGCAAAACAACACCAGUCUUUAUCUGAAACGAGACUUUUAUUAACGUGGCGUCACUCCAAUUAAAGCAUCGCGGAACAAUAUGAAUCUGCUAUUAUUGGCGACUCUUUUCUCAACGGUGUUGGCCGAGAAAUCACCUCGGCUGAAAUUCACCGUGAUGGAGUCACCUCGGUUUCGCUUCAUGAAACCAGAGAACUUCACAACGGUUUACCACCAACAGGAAACUGAUGUCCUCUAUGUAGGGGGCCAAGAGGUCAUCUAUAAGCUCACCUUCAGUGAUAAAGGAGUGCAUGACACGCAGAUCCAUGCAGAAAAGGAUGAGAAUGCAAAAGAGACGUGUGUCUCUAAAUCACCAGCAUGGAAGCAAGAGUGUCAUAAUUUCAUCACAGUAAUUGAGAAAGUCGGCGAUUCAUUUGUGGCGUGUGGGACAAGAGCUGGUGCUCCUAAAUGUUGGCUCCUGGUAAAUGACAGCAUAUUGAUGGACAUGCCGGAGGAAACAGCAGCGUCUAACAUCUUGGCACCUUUCCCUUCUCAGCGCUCCAUCAGUCUGUCAGCAGAUGGGAAUCUGUACUCUGCUCUGUCAGCGGCUACAGGACAGACUGGCUCUAUCCGGCGCACAUAUGGCUCCAAAAAGCAGCUGAAGACAGAGAAUAAAUGGUUACAGAAUCCCAAGUUUGCAGGAGCCGCUGUGAUACCACACAAAGAGAAACUCAAAGAUGAGAUCUAUUUCUUCUUCAGUGAGGUUAACAGUACAGCCAGUCUAGACGAAGAACCAUAUAGGGCUCGCAUAGGACGUGUCUGCAUGGUUGAUGAGGGAGGGCUUCAGAACUUGCUGCCGAGCUCCUGGACUACGUUCCUGAAGGCUCGUGUGAUGUGUGGGAAAGCUGGAACUCCUGUACAGUACAACAACUUCAAGCAGGCUUUCGUUCUGGCCUCUCAUCAACGCAUUGGGGUGAUAUACGGCAUCUUCUCCAAUGCUUGGAACACCACUGUAGUGUGUGCGUACUCCAUUGAAGACAUUGACCAGGCCUUUUCUACAUCCAAACUGAAGGGCUACAACACACCUUUGUCAACUCCUCGUCCUGGAACGUGUACUUUUAAGAAUAACACUCAGGCUCAUAACCAGAAGAUCCUGACAGUGAUCAAGGAUCACCCUGAGAUUGAGGAUGUGAUCAUCCCGGUCGACGAAGCCCCUCUAGACCUGCCAGUUCAAGACCACUUUACACACAUUGUGGCAGAUACAGUCUUGGCUGUCAAUGAUGAACACUACAGCGUGAUUUAUCUGGGCACAGAGAAGGGAAAAGUCCUGAAGGUGCUCCAUGCCAUAGAAGGAGCCUUUAUCAUAGCGCAGUACUCUUUAUUCCACGAUGAUAGUCCUGUCAUCAACAUGGCCAUCGACUCUAAAAAGGGUCAUCUCUAUAUUGGAACAGAGCUUGAAGUGCAGCGCAUCCCUCUGGCUGACUGUGGUCGUUACGGGACCAGCUGCCAAGAAUGCAUCCUUUCUCGAGAUCCAUAUUGUGCGUGGGAUGCGUCCAAGAAGAAAUGUACUGCAAUCCCAGCAGAGUACAACAUUAGCACUGGAACCCUUGUUCAGACCCUUGACCACUCCAAUGCCUCCAUCUGUGGCCAUGCUACAGCUCCUAAGGUACGUAGCACCAUCCCCAAACCAGUUUUAGUGGAUAAAGAUGGACCCGUCCUGCUCCCAUGCCCCGUGCGUUCCUAUCAUGCCACUUACCGUUGGGAGAAAGACAACUGCAUCAAGCAAUAUCCUUGCACCAUCUCCGGCUCCUCCUGUGUGCUGGCGCCCACCCCUGACCUGCCUCUAAAGGAGGGCGUGUUCCGCUGCAUGGCGGAGGAGAGCGGCCUCCAACAGGAGGUAGUGUCCUACAAGCUGGUGUUCAACGGUGGGCCCCUCUCCACCUCGCUAGCCUCCACCCUGGGGUCGGCUCUGGUGCUGGCUGCUGCGGCACACUGGCUCCUGUAGAUCAAAUGAAGCCUGGGGGCUCAAAGGGAAACAAGUUUAAUACUAAGGUCAGCAGAGCAUGAGUACCUAGGCCGGUCCGACUAAACUGCAGGGGAGCAGCUGGUCUCUGUAUAAACUGUGUUUCUGGUUUCUUAUUCAGAGCAAUCACAAGUUUAUUCUUUUCAUUGAAGGGCCGAGAAAAUGCCUGAAAUUGUCUCAUUUUGCCAAAUGCUUUAUCAUACCAAACUCCAGUGUUAUGUAUAACAUGAACUUAUGUAAAUGAACUACUACAUGCCAUCAGCCUGAACGCAUUUAGACUUAUAUAAUGUAUAUCUAAUACAUGAGAUUUGUACCACAUAAUACAUUGUUUGCAAAACGUUAGUGCCAUCAUUUAGAUGUUUCAGAGGACUGCUUUGCUUACUACACUCAGACAUGGAAUCCAAAUCAGUUCUUUAACUUGGUUAGUUUUUUUCAGUAACACCACUAUUCAGUAAGGUUCAGUUGAGAAUAGGGUAUCAUGAACUAACUAAAAACAUUUUUACAGCAUUUAGUAACCUAUGUUAAUUUACAUAUAACAUUAAAACAUUAACUAAUGUUCAUUUAGACUGCACACUAUAACAGUGGAAAAGACAAUUAAAAACACAGCUAUACUAAGGAAUGGCAAACGUUUCAGUCAAAACAUGACCGUCUUCAGCUUUUUUUCAGCUUUACAGAGUGCAUUUUUAUGAUGAGUUUGGUUAUGUCUUUAUUUAAACAACUUGAGAUGCUAAAAUGUAUUAUUGUAUGUAGAAAUGAACUUUUUAUUUGUUUAAUUUAUGCGGUUCAUUUUUAGUUCAUGUUACCUAAUGAUUUAACCCACUUGAACCUUAUUUUAAAGUAGAGGUGCAAUGAAAAAAAUCGAUUCUGUGAUUUUCCGAAUAUAGCUGUACUCUGCUUGCUUCCACACACACACCACUUAAACUUAAAAUAGUCAUUCAUAAGGUUGGAAAAGGUUGAGGCAAAUUACAGGUGUUCACAGUGGGCUGUGUUUACAUUAAUCGUCAUACAAGCAUAAAAACCGAGGUGCAAGUACAUUUAACCACUCUUCUUCAUGAACAUUUGAGUGUUCGGUUAAAAACCGGCCUAUAGCGCCAUCAGCUGUUAAAAACUAAACUCAGUGUCGAUUUGAGAAUCGAUUCAUCGUCGCAUCCGAAUUUUAAAGUGUUACUCUUUCGUUGGUAUGUAGAAUUGCUGAGUUACAGAUGUGUUAGAUGUGCGAGUACAUGCUGAAACAUAAAUAUACUGUUAUAAAUCCUUUGGUUUUUUCCAUUCUGUGCCAUUAGGACAGUUCUGAAGCCUUAAAACAAGGAUGAGUCUCUUUUAAGCUGUAAGGGUCACAUCCUAAGCACAACUUGCAAACUGAGCAGAACCUGCAGAAUCUGCUGGCUUUGUCUUUCCAUUGAGUCAUUCCGACCUGACGCAGAAAGUUACUUCAGCACGAUUUCAGGAGUACAUACAGCUGAUUUUUUUGGCCUGUUUAGCAAGUUUGAAAUCACGUAUCAGCCACAAUUAGAAGCGUGACGUGAAAAACAAAACCAUACAAAACUGACACAGAUUCGACCGCUUUUGCUCAGUGGGUGGAUGGGAAGAAUACCAGAAUCCGAUAACCAGUUUUUAGAGAUUAUCUCAGUACAUCACUGUGUUUAACAAACAGACAUGAACACUCUUGCAUCCUUGAUGCCUGUACUUUUCAUGCUCAUGAAACACAUUUGCGUUAAAUGAAAUAAGCUUCAGUAUAUGGAGUUGCAUUUUGUAGUCGCAGUGUACAGAGGCUUAAUUAUAGAGUUGUUUUAACUGUAAUGCUCUGCAUAUGCUGUUCUUCACCAUUGCUGCCUAUGGGAAUAAAAAGUAUUCCUGAUGGAUCUAAACAGUCAUUCUGCACUAAGGUGUUCAGAGUGUAAACCAUUUUACUUCAUAACAUUUCAUUUGAUCAUGCCAAUAAAAUGUAUGGUGGUUAUCUUAUAUUACAGAAAAGGACGUACAAGAACAUUCUAGCACAUUUCUAAUCAUCAUCCGCAUCCCUAACUCUUUCUCUCUCUCAGAGCAACUGACCCCAAAUGCCAAUUUUGUCUUUAACCUUGUUCUCUCCUCACUGUAUUUUGAAAGCAGGACAAUAGUGUUAUCAACGAAUUGAUCACUAAUUAACCAGAAGUGCAUUGUGUUUUAUGAUGAUGGAUGUUGUGACUUUGUUUUUGUAUUUAGUUAUGUAAUUACGUUGUUUGUCACUCUGUUUGCUCUGCUGGUGACUUAAUCUGCCGAUCCUAAACUAAAAGGAGACAUUUUUGUUUUAUUUUACUUCCGUCUGGAUCUCUGGGUUAAUGUUUGGGCAAACUUAAGUGUCAUAAAUGAAAGCCAUGUAAAUAGUCCAGGGACUGACUGCAGUGUUGCUUUACACAUUAAUGCAUUAGCUGUUUAUGCUAGCGUGUGCUAACCUUCUGUUUGCAUGCUGAAUGCCACUGCACUGUUGCCCUCUCUGUGUACUCGUACCUCUGUCUCUUGGCCUAAUGUGCUACACUGCAAUGAAGGAACGUUGUAGUGCCAAACCAAUGUCGUGC